AGGAACUACACGAGAGAUCCUUAAGCAUCACAAUGGAUUAUGAGAUACCUUGUGAUUUACAAACACCUUAUCUGCAAGCGAUUCAAAAGAUACCAGGAGAUACUGCUAGUAAGAAACUGAGUUGGAUCGGAAAAUUAAUUUCACACCGGACCAAUGAAGAUUGUGAACAACUUUCGCCAGAAUUAUUACCCAUACUACGUGUAGAAACUGCUAUCAAAGAGAAGAGACACGAAGAUAUCACAGUGGCGCUUAUGAGCGAAGAUUCUACGAUUACAAACCGGGCUCUCAAGGCCUCUUGGUUCUUUGACGGCAGUCAUAAAAAUAUUAUCAAUGUCGCGUAUUUCUGUGAAUGUCUCUUUCCCAAGGUUUGCUUGAAUACAAGGAUGCGUAUUGUGCUUGCACUCGCGUAUCGUGGCAAGGAUUCAGUUUUCGCGCAGGAGAUGUUCAUGGCUAUAACAAAUACUUACGGUGUUCAAACUGCCUACCCAUUGAUUAUAGCUUGCGAUGAAUCUUUUGCUUAUAAAAUGAUCGUGGAAAAGGAACUCGUACUGCCUGUAGAAAUUGUUAAAAAGAUCUUUCGCAAGAAUCCAGAUUUGGUAGUGCAAUUUCUCAAAUUACUGAAACCAGUAAACGUGACUGAGCGCACUCCCUUUGCGAUUGGCAUUAAUAAAUACAAGUUUUUCCUACCUAAGUUAAUAAAGAAGCGACUAGAAGCAUUUGUGGAACUAUGUGAGAUUCAUGAAGCACAUCCACCGACUAUUACUUUGAGCAACAAAUGUACCGAAAUAUUCCUAAAGAAAGCUCAGCAACACUUUAUAAAAAAGCCAUUUAUAUAUAUUCGUAUGUUACCACUCAAGAAGAUCAACGAGAAGUUGAUGGAGAGCAUAUUUCCCGGUUUAUUGCCUGCACAAAUUUCUUCUUUCAACACAAAUAAAAUGCUCGAUUAUUUGAAGCACUAUCCACAGAAUAAAAGAUAUGAUUUGCUCCGUAAAUCAUAUAAGAACAAAUAUGAUGCUGAUAUUCUCAAUGAAAUAGAAAAUGUGACACCCGCCUUAUUACGAUUACUACCCACUGAAGAGCGAAUCAAACAGGCUAGAAUUAAAAUCGAGAAAUUACCCUGGCUGAUGAAUGGUGUUUUUCAAAUGAUAUGUUCCAAAGAAUGGUAUUUCGAACCUUGUUGGAAUUUAAAAGAUAUAUUACGGAAGAACGAACCAAAAUUGUAUGGCUGUUGGUUCUCUUCAAAGAAUAAUAUCGCGAAUAUAACAUCAGGCGCGGCACUCAUUUUAUUGAAACGAGAUUUACAAAAUGUAUUGGACAAUUGGGAAAAAUACUUAGAAGAUUGUAUGGAGAACUACCGUUCUAAAUCCGUGCAACGUUUCAUCAGAGCCACGCGUUGGUAUAAAGAUUUACCUAAAUUUACUAAACGUGGCAUGAAUUAUAUGCAUGAUGAAGAUACAGAUGAGCUAUCAUCUAGCGUAGUUAUCCUGGCCAUCUUACUUCACGGUAACGUGUUGACAAAACUAAUUAAUCCUCUCAUAACUACGGAAAUAACGGUAGACACCAGUCAUGAAAACGCCGAGGAUAAUUACAUGUUUAUAAAAAAUUUAUCAUUAAAUAACCUUUCUAAUCCACCGAUACCUCUUGAUCUUGUAGCUAAGGGAUUAUUGUGCAAAGGGGAUUAUUUGUCAAUAGCUUUAAUGACACUAAUAAACAUAAGUAGAAGAACCUCUAUACCAAAUGUGAUAUCAGUUGUGCAGAAGUUGAUGAAUAUGCCUGUGAGCACGCAAAAGGGAUAUGGGAUUAGAUUGAUGUAUCUAAUAGCUUCCGUGCGUGAACUCACGGAUUUUCUCCAGAAAGCAUGGGCGACCGAGAAUCAUCAUUCAAUACGAAAAGUUUUGUCAAUGCUUCAGAAGUUCUUUGUUACAAAACCAACUUCCGAAACUUGGUCUCUAUAUUAUCAAACUAUGUCGACGUUUAGUCUUAAGGAUGAACGUCUACUUUUGGAUGUAAAAUUGUUUCCCGAAAUCUCAAAUAAAUAUGUCACGAAAUAUCUUGAUUUGUGGUUGAAGACGAUAGACAAUCUUCGAGAAAUGGGGACUAAAUGUUUACAGAACAAACAAACAUAUUGCCAAGUCGAGAGACUUUACAAUAUUAUACAUUUAUCAGAGGACAAGGACAAACAUACAGCACGUAUUAAAAUAUUUGCCGACGUGUUUCACAAAACGGUAACAACUUAUUGGAACGUACCCGAUCCUACCAAACGUUCCUAUCCAAUUAACAAAGCCGUGCAUCUAUUCAUAGAUGAACUUGUUUUUAGCUAUAUCGAUGCGUUUUAUUUCAAAAGGUUUACUAAUUUGGAACUCAUCGAUAAUAUGCAAAUAAUAUUUUCAUCGGUCUUGUCGCCCGAACAGGACGCUUGGUCCUAUUUGCUCUUGGUGUAUGCCAAAAGUUUCAAGAAUACAUCAUAUCAACCGAAGAAUCCUUGGCUUGAAAAUUGGUCAACAGUUGCAAGAAUUAAUUGA